AUGCUGACUCUCUUCAACGCAUUCGUGCCCCUCCUUCUCGUGGCGUCUGCAUUUGCAAUCGAGAACACGGUCUACAUAAUCACCAAUGCGGAGACACCAUCUCUUCAUCGUCCGGGUUUGACGCCUAUAGGGCAUCAUAGAGCAGGUCACUGCAUUCCAGAGGUUUUUGGUAACCUCAGUCUAGGCUUCAUUGCCUCAUGCACGCCGAACAGUGAUACGGGUACCUGCAUUCCCGCCGUGGCAACUGCAGCACCUCUCGCAAAUAGUCUCGGAAUGGGAAUUGAUACUUCCUGCGGCACAGGAGAAGAAUCAGACGAUGACUGUGUACACAACCUUUUGCAUACAUAUGCAAAGACCAGUUCUGCGCCUAUUCUUUUGGUCUGGGAUGCUGCUGCCAUGGAUGACCUUCUGGAAAAUCUCGGCAUGGAACUACCUGAUGCCGAUAACGAAGAUGACGAGGAUGACGAGGAAGGCCAGGAGGAAGAGGCCGUUGGAACACACCCAGAUGUAAUUUUGACGAAAAUCAAGGGAUCCAAGCUGGCAGAAUCCUCCAUGAAUUGUACUGGUAUAGACGGUACCGCUGACGGCUCUGACACAAUUGUGUACACGCCGUCUCACUCACGACGCCGUCGUUCACUUCACCGGCGUCGUUUCUCUUCUGAGUCGUUUAAGACUCACUGGGAUUUGGGACGCUCCACCUAG